CUGGGGAGAGAUGUUUUUCUUGCAUCACGAAAAGCCUUGUGUGGUCUUAACAGCAGCUAAUCCCAUUUCCUGCCUCCUUUAUCCUGAAGUGCCCAGAAUAAUGUGGUACAAGUACUAUUUACCAAGCUGAAGGGAAUUCAAGAAAGUUCUCUAGACUUGGGCAUUUUGAAGGAAUCAAAGAUAAUGCUGAUUUAAAAACUUGUUUUGAAAUAAACAUUCAUGGCUGCCUUGUAUUUGUAAUAAGGAAAUAUUUUCUAUGCCUCUGCUUAGUCACAACUACAGAGAAGGGGAAAACAGGUAACUCAACAGAAGCAUUUGUUGCUAGCCCAGAAGUAGGAAUUUAUCCUUUAGUAUUCAGAAAUAGCCUUCAUUGUAUUGUACACAAAAGGUUAAUUCAUUUUUAAAACUUCAACAAGGAUAUGAAAUUUGGUGGUAGUUUAUUCAUUGUUUGGUUUUAGUAUUUUUCUGAGUUUUCCUAUAUCCUCAAAUACCUUUCACUUUUACAGGAGAGUAAUGACUUGGCUACCCAAGUGUGUAGGUGGUAUUCCACUGCCUCCAGGAUUCAGUGUUAAGGAGACUGUUAACUGGUCUGAUUCUCCUUUCUUUAUAGUUAACUGGUGAUUUACCUGGAGGUUGUAAGGAGUUGGGAGGAGAGGAGGAAUAGGUUUGCUGUGAUCAAGCUGCCUCGUUCAGAUCAAGUGAAGCUUUAUUCUAAGAAUAUUUAUUUCAUCUGAUUCAUGAGCUCAAAUUAUAAAGACUCAAUGUUACAAAAGUGUUGAGAGAUUGCUCGGUCAUGAGCAUCGACAGUAACUCAUUGGCACGUGAAUUUCUGACGGAUGUCAACCGGCUUUGCAAUGCAGUGGUCCAGAGGGUGGAGGCCAGGGAGGAAGAAGAGGAGGAGACACACAUGGCUACCCUUGGACAAUACCUUGUCCAUGGUCGAGGAUUUCUAUUACUUACCAAGCUAAAUUCUAUCAUUGAUCAGGCAUUGACAUGUAGAGAAGAACUCCUUACUCUACUUCUGUCACUUCUUCCACUGGUAUGGAAGAUACCUGUUCAAGAAGAAAAGGCAACAGAUUUUAAUCUACCAUUCUCAGCUGAUAUCAUCCUGACCAAAGAAAAGAACUCAAGUUCACAAAGAUCUACUCAGGAAAAAUUAUAUUUAGAAGGAAGUGCCCCAUCUGGUCAGGUUUCUGCAAAAGUAAACAUUUUUCGAAAAAGCAGACGACAGCGUAAAAUUACCCACCGCUAUUCUAUAAGAGAUGCAAGAAAGACACGGCUCUCCACCUCAGACUCAGAAGCCAAUUCAGAUGACAAGAGUGUAGCAAUGAGUAAGCACAGAAGACCCCGUCUGCUGCAACAUUUUGUAACACAAUCUCCUAAAGAAGACCACCUUACAGCUAAACUUGACCGCUUACCAACCAAAGAAGAGACUCCUCCUGACACCAUGGCUUUGGAAAAUCCCAAGGAGGUUGUUCCAAGACUGGAAUCAAACACUGACAUCCUGAGUGAGCCAGCUGCCUUGUCCAUUAUCAGUCACAUGAAUAACUCUCCUUUUGACUUAUGUCACGUUUUGUUGUCUUUAUUAGAGAAAGUUUGUAAGUUUGACAUUACCCUGAAUCAUAAUUCUGCUCUAGCAGCCACUGUCGUGCCCACACUGACUGAGUUUCUAGCAGGCUUUGGGGACUGUUGUAAUCUAAGCGACAAUUUGGAGAGUCAGAUGGUUUCCACAGGUUGGACUGAAGAACCAGUGGCUUUGAUUCAACGGAUGCUUUUUCGAACAGUGUUGCAUCUGAUGUCAGUAGAUAUCAGUACUGAAGAGAUGAUGCCAGAAAAUCUUAGGAAAAAUUUAACAGAAUUGCUUAGAGCAGCUUUAAAAAUUAGAACUUGCCUAGAAAAGCAGCCUGACCCUUUUGCACCAAGACAAAAGAGAACACUACAGGAGGUUCGAGAAGGUUUUGUGUUUUCAAAGUAUCGUCAUAGAGCCCUUCUUUUGCCUGAGCUGCUGGAAGGGGUUCUGCAGAUCCUGAUCUGCUGUCUUCAAAGUGCAGCUUCGAAUCCUUUCUCCUUUAGUCAAGCCAUGGAUCUGGUUCAGGAAUUCAUUCAGCACCAUGGAUUCAAUUUGUUUGAAACAGCCGUUCUUCAAAUGGAAUGGCUGGUUGUAAGAGAUGGAGUUCCUACUGAGGCCUCAGAACAUUUGAAAGCCCUAAUAAGUAGUGUGCUGAAAAUAAUGAGCACUGUCAAAAAAGUGAAAUCAGAGCAACUUCAUCAUUCAAUGUGUACAAGAAAAAGGCACAGACGAUGUGAAUAUUCUCACUUUAUGCACCACCACAGAGAUCUCUCGGGUCUUCUGGUUUCCGCGUUUAAAAAUCAGGUUUCCAAAAACCCAUUUGAAGAGACUGCAGACGGAGAUGUUUAUUAUCCCGAGCGGUGCUGCUGUAUUGCAGUGUGUGCUCACCAGUGCUUACGCUUACUCCGGCAGGCUUCCCUGAGCAGCACCUGCGUCCAGAUUCUGUCAGGUGUUCAUAAUGUCGGAAUAUGCUGCUGCAUGGACCCCAAAUCUGUAAUCAUUCCUUUGCUCCAUGCUUUUAAAUUGCCAGUACUGAAACAUUGCCAGCAGCAGAUAUUGAAUAUCCUUAACAAACUUAUUUUGGAUCAGUUAGGAGGAGCUGAGAAACCACAAAAGAUCAAACAAGCAGCUUGCAAUAUUUGUACCAUUGACCCUGAUCAACUAGCCAAAUUAGAAGAGACACUGCAGGGAAACUCAUGUGAUGCUGAAUCAUCCCCAAAUCUAUCCAGCCUUUCUUACAGAUUUCACGGGAUCCUGCCCAGCAGUGGAUCUGAAGACUUGCUGUGGAAGUGGGAUGCCUUAGAGGCUUAUCAGAAUUUUGUUUUUGAAGAAGAUAGGUUACAUAGUAUACAGAUUGCAAAUCACAUCUGCAAUUUAAUCCAGAAAGGCAAUGUAGUUGUUCAGUGGAAACUGUAUAAUUAUGUGUUUAAUCCUGUGCUCCAACGAGGAGUUGAAUUAGCACAUCAUUGUCAACACCUUAGCAUCACUUCAGCUCAGACUCAUGUAUGUAGCUAUCAUAACCAGUGUUUACCUCAGGAAGUGCUUCAGAUUUAUUUAAAAACUCUGCCUACACUGCUUAAAUCAAGGGUAAUAAGAGAUUUGUUUUUAAGUUGUAAUGGAGUAAAUCAAAUAAUUGAAUUAAAUUACUUAGAUGGUAUUCGAAGUCAUUCCUUAAAAGCAUUUGAAACUCUGAUAAUCAGCCUAGGGGAACAACAAAAAGAUUCUUCAGUUCCAGGUAUUGAUGGGAUAGACGUCGAACAGAAGGAAUUGUCAUCUUUAAAUGUAGGUACUUCUUUUCGUAACCAGCAAGCUUACUCAGAUUCUCCUCAGAGUCUUAGCAAAUUUUAUGCCAGCCUCAAAGAAGCCUAUCCAAAGAAACGGAAGUCUGUUAACCAGGAUGUUCAUAUCAACAUGAUAAACCUGUUCCUCUGUGUGGCAUUCUUAUGUGUAAGUAAAGAAGCAGAAUCUGAUAGAGAGUCAGCCAAUGAUUCAGAAGAUACUUCUGGCUAUGACAGUACAGCGAGUGAACCUUUGCAUCAUAUGCCACCGUGUUUAUCUCCCGAAAGCCUUGUCUUGCCUUCUCCCAAACAUAUGCACCACGCAGCAGACAUAUGGUCCAUGUGUCGUUGGAUCUACAUGUUGAAUCCAGUUUUCCAGAAACAGUUUUAUAGGCUUGGUGGUUUCCAAGCAUGCCACAAAUUAAUAUUUAUGAUCAUCCAGAAAGUGUUCAGAAGUCAUGAAGAGGAGCAAGGAAAAAGGGAAGGAGACCUAAAUGUACAUGAAAACCAAGAUAUAAAGAGAACUUCUCAACCUGAGAUCACCAUGAAGGACGAUUUAUUAUCUUUGACUAUAAAGAGAGACCCCACACCAUCAGAACUGGGUAGUUUAAACAAGAGUCCUGACAGUUUAGGUAAAUUAGAGUCACAGCAUAUUUCGUCCAUAAAUGUGGGACAUAUUUCAGCUACUGAAGCUGCUCCUGAGGAAACAAAGGUAUUUACGAGUCGAGAGAAUGAGACCUCACUUCAGAGCAUACGACUUUUGGAAGCCCUUCUGGCCAUUUGUCUUCACAGCACCAGAGCUAGUCAGCAAAAGAUGGAAUUAGAGUUACCUAAUCAGAACUUUACUGUGGAAAAUAUAUUGUUUGAAAUGAGGGACCAUCUUUCCCAGUCAAAGGUGAUUGAAACAGAAUUAGCAAAGCCUUUAUUUGAUGCCCUGCUUCGAGUUGCACUGGGGGAUCAUUCAGCAGAUUUUGAACACCAUGAUGCUAUGACUGAGAAGAGUCAUCAGUCUGAAGAAGAAUUGUCACCUCAACCUGGUGAUUUUUCAGAAGAAGCUGAGGAUUCUCAGUGUUGCAGUCUCAAACUUUUGCUAGAAGAAGGUUAUGAAGCAGACGGUGAGAGCAAUCCUGAGGAUAGUGAAACCCGAGAUGAUGGUGUAGACAUAAAGCCUGAAGCAGAAAGUUUCAGUGCAUCAAGCAGUCCAAAGGACUGGCUUGAAAACCUUACUGACGGGGAAAUAAUAUAUCCUGAGAUUUGUAUGCUAGAAUUAAGCUUACUUUCUACUGGUAAAGCCAGACUUGAUGUGCUUGCCCACGUAUUUGAGAGUUUUUUGAAAAUCAUCAGACAGAAGGAAAAGAAUAUUUUUCUACUCAUGCAACAGGGAACUGUGAAAAAUCUUUUAGGAGGGUUCUUGAGUAUUUUAACACAGGCUGAUUCUGAUUUUCAAGCAUGCCAGAGGGUAUUGGUGGAUCUUUUGGUAUCUUUGAUGAGCUCAAGAACAUGUUCAGAAGAGCUAACCCUUCUUUUGAGAAUAUUUCUGGAGAAAUCUCCUUGUACAGAAGUUCUUCUUGUGGGUAUUCUGAAAAUUAUUGAAAGCGACAUUAUAAUGAGCCCUUCACAGUACCUAACCUUUCCCUUACUGUAUACUCCAAAUUUAAGCAAUGGCGUCUCAUCACAGAAGUGUCCUGGCAUUCUAAACAGUAAGGCCCUGGGAUUAUUAAGAAGAGCACGGAGUUCUCGGAGCAGGAAGGAGGCGGACAGUGAGAGUCUCCCGCAGCAGCUGCUUUCCUCCUGGCACAUUGCUCCAAUCCACUUGCCUUUGUUGGGGCAGAACUGCUGGCCUCACCUGUCAGAAGGCUUCAGUGUCUCCCUGUGGUUUAACAUCGAGUGCAUCCAGGAAGCUGAGAGCAUCAUGGAGAAAGGAAAGAAGAUCAAGAAAAGAAAUAAAUCCUUAGUUUUACGGGACAGUAGUUUGGACAGAACAGAAAACAACAGUCCAGAAUGUGCAGAGUACACAAAUCCUGGUGAAAGGCUCAUAGAAGAAGGAUGUAUUCACAUGAUUUCAUUGGGAUCCAAAGCGCUGAUGAUCCAAGUGUGGGCUGAUCCCCACAAUGGCACUUUUAUCUUUCGUAUGUGCCUGGAUUCAAAUGAUGAUAUGAAAGCUGUUUUACUGGCACAGGUUGAAUCACAGGAGAAUAUUUUCGUCCCAAGCAAAUGGCAGCAUUUAGUCCUUACCUACUUACAGCAGUCCCAAGGGAAAAAGAAUAACCAUGGGAAAAUCUCCAUAUGGAUUUCUGGGCAGAGGAAGCCUGAUGUUUCUUUGGAUUUUGUGCUUCCAAGAAGAACAAGUCUAUCAUCUGAUAGCAAUAAAACAUUUUGCAUGAUUGGCCAUUGUUUAUCAUCCCAAGAAGAGUUUUUACAGUUGGCUGGAAAAUGGGACCUGGGAAAUUUACUCCUCUUCAAUGGAGCUAAGAUUGAUUCACAAGAGGCCUUUUAUCUAUAUGCUUGUGGACCCAACCACACAUCUAUAAUGCCAUGCAGAUAUGGCAAGCCUGUGAAUGACUACUCCAAAUAUAUUAAUAAAGAAAUUUUGCAAUGUGAACAAAUAAGAGAACUUUUUAUGACCAAGAAAGAAGUGGACAUUGGUCUCUUAAUUGAAAGUCUUUCAGUUGUAUAUACAACUAACUGUCCUGCUCAGUAUACCAUCUAUGAACCAGUUAUUAGACUUAAAGGUCAGAUGAAAACCCAACUCUCUCAAAGACCCUUCAGCUCCAAAGAAGUUCAGAGCAUCUUGUUAGAACCUCAUCAUCUAAAGAAUCUACGGCCUACUGAAUGUAAAACUAUUCAAGGCAUUCUGCACGAGAUUGGUGGAACUGGUAUAUUUGUUUUUCUCUUUGCUAGGGUUGUGGAACUCAGUAGCUGUGAAGAAACCCAAGCAUUAGCACUGAGAGUUAUACUCUCAUUAACUAAAUACAACCAACAGAGAAUACAUGAAUUAGAAAAUUGUAAUGGACUUUCUAUGAUUCAUCAGGUGUUGAUUAAACAAAAAUGCAUUGUUGGCUUUCAUGUUUUGAAGACACUUCUUGAAGGUUGCUGUGAUGAAGAUAUUAUUCAUGUCAAUGAGAAUGGAGAGUUUAAGUUGGAUGUAGAGUCUAAUGCUAUAAUCCAAGAUGUUAAACUGCUAGAGGAGCUGUUGCUUGACUGGAAGAUAUGGAAUAAAGCCAAGCAAGGAGCUUGGGAAACACUGCUGGCGGCUCUCGAAGUCCUCAUCAGAGCAGAUCACCACCAGCAGGUCUUUAAUAUUAAGCAAUUACUGAAAGCCCGAGUGGUCCAUCACUUUCUACUCACAUGUCAGGUUUUGCAGGAACACAAAGAGGGGCAGCUUACAUCCAUGCCCCGAGAGGUUUGUAACUCAUUUGUGAAAAUUAUAGCAGAAGUCCUUGGAUCUCCUCCAGAUUUGGAAUUAUUGACAAUUAUCUUCAAUUUCCUUUUAGCAGUUCACCCUCCUACUAAUACUUACGUUUGUCACAACCCCACAAAUUUCUACUUUUCUUUGCACAUAGAUGGCAAGAUCUUUCAGGAGAAAGUACAGUCAAUCAUGUACCUGAGACAUUCCAGCAGUGGAGGAAAGUCUGUUCCUAGCCCUGGAUUUAUGGUAAUAAGCCCAUCUGGUUUUACUGCUUCACCACCUGAAGGAAACAACUCCUCCAAUAUUAUCCCACAACGGAUGACCAUCAACAUGCUGCGUUCUAGAAGCCUACCAGCAUUUCCUACUGCUUCACCUCGAGUGCAACCACAAAAACUGACUGGAAGUUUGGGUUGUAGUAUUGACAAGUUACAAAAUAUUGCAGAUAAUUAUGCUGCUUCCCAAGCAGAGAAACUGAAUUCUCUGGCGAGUUCUGAGACCCUGAAAAAAGGCAAAGAAGAUGUACUUGUCAGUAGCUUUGAUUCUGCAAAAGCUGUGUGUGAAAUGGAAGCUGCCCUUUCAGCCCGCACCUCUGUCAAUGGUGUCCCAAAAGGAACAUUGGGAUUUCUGGGGGUCAAAGUCGAUCAUAAAGAAUUGGCAGCAGAACUCAGAUUAGAUGAUGACAGUCCUGGGGACGAGUCCUGCCCACGCCGACCUGAUUACCUGAAGGGACUGGCCUCAUUCCAGCGAAGCCACAGCACUAUUGCAAGCCUAGGGCUAGCUUUUCCUUCCCAGAAUGGAUCUGCAGCAGUUGGACGUUGGCCAAGUCUCGUUGAUAGGAACACCGAUGACUGGGAAAACUUUGCCUUUUCUCUUGGUUAUGAGCCAUACUCCAGCCGAACUGCAAGUACUCACAGUGUAACAGAAGACUGUUUGGUUCCUAUAUGCUGUGGAUUAUAUGAGCUCUUAAGCGGAGUUCUUCUCAUCUUGCCUGAUGUUAUGCUUCAAGAUGUGAUGGACAAGCUCAUUCAGGCAGACACACUGCUAGUCCUUGUUAAUCACCCAUCACCUGCUAUACAACAAGGAGUUAUUAAACUGUUAGAUGCAUAUUUUAAUAGAGCAUCUAAGGAACAAAAAGAUAAAUUCCUAAAGAACCGUGGCUUUUCCUUGCUAGCCAACCAGUUGUAUCUUCAUCGGGGAACACAGGAAUUGUUAGAAUGCUUCAUUGAAAUGUUCUUUGGUCGUCGUAUUGGCCUUGAUGAAGAAUUUGAUCUGGAAGAUGUGAAAAACAUGGGACUUUUUCAGAAGUGGUCUGUCAUUCCUCUUCUGGGACUCAUAGAGACCUCUCUAUAUGACAAUAUGCUCCUGCAUAGUUCUCUAUUACUUCUUCUCCAAAUAUUAAAUUCCUGUUCUAAGGUAGCAGAUAUGUUGUUGGAUAAUGGUCUCCUCUAUGUGUUGUGUAAUACAGUAGCCGCUCUGAAUGGAUUAGAAAAAAACGUUCCUUUGAAUGAAUACAAAUUGCUUGCUUGUGAUAUACAGCAAAUUUUUGUAGCAGUUACAAUUCAUGCUUGCAGUUCCUCAGGCUCACAAUAUUUUAGAGUUAUCGAAGACCUCAUUGUACUGCUUGGAUAUCUUCAAAAUAGCAAAAACAAGAGGACACAAAAUAUGGCUGUUGCACUACAGUUUAGAGUUCUCCAAGCUGCUAUGGAAUUUAUAAGGACCACUGCAAAUCAUGACUCUGAAAACCUUGCAGAUACAUUCCAGUUACCUUCUGCUCCCCAUCAUGCAGUAUUUCAAAAGCGGAAGAGCGUUGCUGGUCCUCGAAAAUUUCCUCUUGCUCAAACUGACUCUCUUUUGAUGAAAAUGCGCUCAGUGGCAAGUGAUGAGCUGCAUGUGAUGAUGCAACGGAGAAUGAGCCAGGAGAACCCCGUCCAGGCAACAGAAACAGAGCUUGCACAGAGGCUGCAGAGGCUCACCAUUUUAGCAGUUAACAGGAUUAUUUAUCAAGAAUUUAAUCCAGAUAUUAUUGACAUCUUGAGUACUCCAGAAAAUGCAACUCAGAGAAAGAUCUCAGUUUCCCAAACUGAAAUUUCUGAAGAAAAUGUUCAUCAUGAACAGCCUUCCAUUUUCCAUCCAUUUCAGAAGGAGAUACUCACAUAUCUGAUAGAAGGAUUCAAAGCAUCUAUUGGUUCAAGUAAAACCAGUGGCUCCAAACAGCAGUGGACUAAAAUCUUAUGGUCUUGUAAGGAAACCUUCCGAAUGCAGCUUGGCAGACUCCUAGUGCACAUUUUGUCACCAGCACACUCUUCUCAAGAGAGAAAGCAAAUUUUUGAAAUAGUUCAUGAACCGAAUCAUCAAGAGAUACUACGAGACUGUCUUAGCCCAUCCCUGCAACAUGGAGCCAAGUUGGUUUUAUAUUUGUCAGAGUUGAUACAUAAUCACCAAGAUGAAUUGACUGAAGAAGAACUAGACACAGCAGAACUGCUUAUGAAUGCUUUAAAACUGUGCGGGCAGAAGUGCAUCCCUCCCACAGCAACAACAAAAGCAGACCUUAUUAAAAUGAUCAAAGAGGAACAAAAGAAAUAUGAAACUGAAGAAGGUACAAAUAAAGCCACCUGGCAGAGAACGGUUAAUAAUAAUCAACAAAGUCUCUUUCAGCGUCUGGAUUCAAAAUCAAAGGACAUAUCUAAAAUCGCUGCAGACAUCACCCAGGCCGUGUCUCUCUCCCAAGGAAUUGAGAGAAAAAAGGUGAUUCAAUAUAUCAGAGGAAUGUACAAAGUAGAUCUGAGUGCCAGCAGACACUGGCAGGAACUUAUUCAACAGCUGACACAUGAUAGAGCAGCCUGGUAUGACCCUCUCUACUAUCCGACUUCAUGGCAACUGGAUCCCACAGAAGGGCCAAAUCGAGAGAGGAGACGUCUACAGAGAUGCUACUUAACUAUUCCAAAUAAAUAUCUCCUUCGGGAUAGACAAAAAUCAGAAGAUGUGGUCAAACCACCACUGUCUUUCCUAUUUGAAGAUAAAACUCAUUCUUCUUUCUCUUCAACUGUAAAAGACAAAGCUGCAAGUGAGUCUAUAAGAGUGAAUCGAAGAUGUAUCAGUGUUGCACCAUCUCGAGAGACAGCUGGUGAAUUGUUAUUAGGUAAAUGUGGGAUGUAUUUUGUGGAAGAUAAUGCUUCUGAUACAGUCGAAAGUUCGAGCCUUCAGGGAGAAUUGGAACCAGCAUCUUUCUCCUGGACAUAUGAAGAAAUUAAAGAAGUUCACAAACGUUGGUGGCAGUUGAGAGACAAUGCUGUAGAAAUCUUUCUAACAAAUGGCAGAACACUUCUGUUAGCAUUUGAUAACACCAAGGUUCGUGAUGACGUGUACCAUAGUAUACUAACAAAUAACCUCCCUAAUCUCCUGGAAUAUGGCAACAUCAACGCUUUGACAAAUUUAUGGUAUACUGGACAAAUUACUAACUUUGAAUAUUUGACUCACUUAAACAAACAUGCCGGCCGAUCCUUCAAUGAUCUCAUGCAGUAUCCAGUGUUCCCGUUCAUACUUGCUGACUACGUUAGUGAGACCCUUGACCUCAGUGAUCCAUCAGUCUACAGAAAUCUCUCUAAGCCUAUAGCUGUGCAGUAUAAAGAAAAGGAAGAUCGUUAUGUGGACACAUACAAGUACUUGGAGGAAGAGUACCGCAAAGGAGCUAGGGAAGAUGACCCCAUGCCUCCUGUGCAGCCCUACCACUACGGCUCCCACUAUUCUAACAGUGGCACUGUGCUUCACUUCCUGGUCAGAAUGCCUCCUUUCACAAAAAUGUUUUUAGCCUAUCAAGAUCAAAGUUUUGACAUUCCAGACAGAACUUUUCAUUCCACAAAUACAACUUGGCGCCUCUCAUCUUUUGAAUCUAUGACUGAUGUCAAAGAACUUAUCCCAGAGUUUUUUUAUCUUCCAGAGUUCUUAGUCAACCGUGAAGGUUUUGAUUUUGGUGUGCGUCAGAAUGGUGAACGGGUUAAUCACGUCAACCUCCCUCCUUGGGCACGUAACGAUCCUCGUCUUUUUAUCCUCAUUCAUCGACAGGCUCUAGAGUCUGACUACGUAUCCCAGAACAUCUGUCAGUGGAUUGACUUGGUAUUCGGGUAUAAGCAAAAAGGGAAAGCUUCUGUUCAAGCCAUCAACGUUUUUCAUCCUGCUACAUAUUUUGGAAUGGAUGUCUCUGCAGUUGAAGAUCCAGUUCAGCGGCGCGCACUAGAAACCAUGAUAAAAACCUACGGCCAGACCCCUCGUCAGUUGUUCCAGUCAGCCCAUGCCAGCAGACCUGGGUCCAAGCUCAACCUUGAAGGAGAGCUUCCUGCUGCUGUGGGCUUGUUGGUGCAGUUUGCUUUCAGGGAAACCCGAGAACAGGUCAAAGAAAUUACCUAUCCGAGUCCUUUGUCAUGGAUAAAAGGCUUAAAGUGGGGGGAGUAUGUGGGUUCUCCAAGUGCUCCAGUACCUGUGGUCUGUUUCAGCCAGCCCCAUGGAGAAAGAUUUGGUUCUCUCCAGGCUCUACCCACCAGGGCCAUCUGUGGUUUGUCCCAAAAUUUCUGUCUUCUGAUGACAUACAGCAAAGAACAAGGUGUGAGAAGCAUGAACAGUACUGACAUUCAGUGGUCAGCCAUCCUGAGCUGGGGAUACGCUGACAAUAUUUUAAGGCUGAAGAGUAAACAGAGUGAGCCUCCAAUAAACUUUAUACAAAGUUCACAACAGUAUCAGGUAACUAGCUGUGCCUGGGUACCUGACAGUUGCCAGCUGUUCACUGGGAGCAAGUGUGGGGUCAUCACAGCUUACGCAAACAGGUUUACAAGCAGCACGCCCUCAGAGAUAGAAAUGGAGUCUCAGAUACAUCUGUAUGGGCACACAGAAGAGAUAACCAGCUUAUUUGUUUGCAAACCCUACAGCAUAAUGAUAAGUGUGAGCAGAGAUGGAACCUGCAUCAUAUGGGACUUAAACAGGCUAUGCUAUGUACAAAGCCUGGCGGGACACAAAAGUCCUGUCACAGCAGUGUCUGCCAGUGAAACUACAGGUGACAUUGCCACUGUGUGUGAUUCAGGGGGUGAUUUUGGUGCUUUAGCUGGUGGAGGCAGUGACCUCAGACUCUGGACCGUGAACGGGGACCUCGUUGGACAUGUCCACUGCAGGGAGAUCAUUUGUUCCGUUGCCUUCUCUAACCAGCCUGAGGGAGUAUCUAUCAAUGUGAUUGCUGGGGGAUUAGAGAAUGGAAUUGUCAGGUUAUGGAGUACAUGGGACCUAAAGCCUGUACGGGAAAUCACAUUUCCUAAAUCAAAUAAGCCAAUUGUAAGCCUUACAUUUUCCUGUGAUGGCCACCAUCUGUACACAGCAAAUAGUGAUGGGACCGUGAUUGCCUGGUGCCGGAAGGAUCAGCAGCGCUUGAAACAGCCAAUGUUCUAUUCCUUCCUUAGCAGCUAUGCAGCUGGAUGAGAGAGAACAUCACUUCUCCAAAGCACUUUAGCUCCAAACUAGAUUUGUUGACCUCACCCAGUUUUAGAAGGUUGAACUUGAAGAAAUGGAUGACCAAAAUAUCAUCCAAAUAACGAUCAACUCUUCAUCUGCACAAUAUUUUGCAGCCUCACAAGGUCCUGAGAGAACAAUUUUGUUCUCAUUUAGUGAUAAUCUAGAGGGUUGUGUGAGUAUGUUCUAACCAACAAGGUAUAAGUUUUACAUGAUAAAUUAAAAUCGUAUUCUCAAAGUUUUUACCCACAAGGGUAUUCUAAAGAAAGGAUUAAGGUGUCUCCUUUUUCUAUUAUUCCAAAAAGACUCAGUAGAAUUUAAAUUGGGUAGCUAAUUGUUUAUAUAAAAUACUCUAAAAAUUAUAUUUAAAAAGUUUUAUGCCAAGAUAAUCUACCCUCCCCACACACACACAAAAAGAAAAAGUAAAGAAAAGAACAAAAAGUUAGAACUUGCAAAGUGCUUUCUUUGAGAAGUAGAUUAUUCAGUAGGUGCCUCUGCACCAAACAUUUUAUGGAAUAUAUGAAUACUAAAAUUACUAAUGAAUCUCAACAUUAGGCAUUUUUUUUCCAGUUGCCUUCUUAGCUCAAAGAGGAACCAGAAUUUUUUGAUAGCCACAAACACACAUUUGAUUUCAGACACAUUCUGUUUCUUCGUAAAAAUCCUGCUUAAAAUCUAUAACACUAGAUAUUGAAUAUCCUUACUUAGUUGAAUCACUAAGAUUUAAACACAAUGACAAUUAUUUUACUAUCUGCCAUUUACAGGGCACUGAAUACUUAGCAGUUUGCAAUAGAAAGCCUCCACUAUGCAGAAAGAUGGUGCAGAUAUUAAGAAUACAUUCUAGAUAAGGCAUUUAAUCUAAUGUACAGAGAGAGUUUUCUCCCACAAGAGAAUUACAGCUUACUUUGUUUCCAACAGGAUGCAGAAUAAUUCUUAUAGGAAACAGUGUCUGCUCUGUUUGUACUAAUCUAUGCUGCCUGAGAAUUCUAGGAACAACAGAAAAUCUAAGUAUAUGCCACAGAAAACUUGCACACCAAAAAGACAAAAUUCCUAAAAAUCUCGGCAUAGUCUAUCUCUACCAUGAUAUUACAGCUCUAUUUUUACUUGGGGUGCUGCUUCAUUGGCUUUGAAAACACUGUAAAAUAAGCUCAGUAAUGUGUUACCAUGGGAUAAAAAUAUGUAUUCCUGCCUAAGAAUAACUUGCGUGUUUGUUAUGGAAAUUCAAUUCAUAUGGUGUUUACAGAACUCCUUUUGUAACUUCCAGACUUUCUAAAACAUUCUGCUUAAAAACUGUAUAAAAUUCAAUUCCGAUGUCUCUGCUGUCGAGAUAUGUAUAAGAGAAGAGUGGCCACAUGUGCUUGUAGCCUGCAGGGGCAUGCAUCCAUAAGAACACCUCACAGGCUGCCUUUUAGAUCAUGGUUUGCACAGACCAGGUCCAAACUCUGAGGUCCAGAUAGGUGCAGAGAUGAGAUUAUUCCUAUUCACGUUGAAGUGAUUUGCUUUGUUUUAAAAAAAAAAAAAAAUUGCAGCUACUGUCUGGCUUUUUUUUCUACUAAGAACUUUGAAUUAGUCCCCUGUUAGAAUAGGGUUGCCACUCAGUCCUCUUUGUUUUUUUAAGGCUGAAUUCCAUCACUUAUUUAAAGAAAAAAAUAUGCAAAAUAACUGGUCUUGUUAAGAGUGCAAUAUUAUAUUUUUAUGUAAAAAUAAAAAUUAAUUUGGGGGGAUUAUUUAUUCAGCAUGAAACUUAAUAUGUAUAUGUUUGAAACACUUCAUAAUGUGCAUGUCGUAGUAAACAUUUCUGUAAAAUAUCACAAGCUCUGUUAUCUUUGUAUACACUGCCACUUCAUAUUGGGAAUAAAUUUCAUAAAAAUAGA